AUGAAUGAUACAGAUCUUGCAGAUCUUGCAGAACAAUUAUCCGAUCUUGAAGUGGCAUUGUUUCUGUGUCUUGUUGCUCGAGAACACUGCUUGAUCGAAACGACUAGCUACUGUAUUCGCGACCUUGCCAAAGAGCUUGCCUUGAUUAGCUCCAGCACAUUUGGUUAUUCAUAUUGUGUUCUUGAAUGUUCUUCUGCAACGUCUAUUGAGGACAUCUUCAAUGACGUACUCAGCCCGGAUGCACGCGCGAAUUAUCGCCCGUCUCGUCCCUGGAUGAACGCUGAGACAUCAAGCAAACGUUCUUCCUUUAAGAGUCUCGACAAUUACAGCAAACCACCAGCUCCACUUUCACAACUACCAGGCAGUAAUGUUGUCAAUGUUGUCGUUGCGAAGAACUUCAAUUAUGUUAGUGAUGAUAUCCAAGUGCAGAUGCUGCAUUUGAUGCGCUCAAGGGAGCUGGUCACCGAGAACGGGGCCCUGAAUGCGCCUGAGGACUUCCUUUUCAUCCCUCUUGUCGCACGGGAUUCCGAUCAGCUCCAACCGCCUUUAAAAACACAUCUGGUCGAUAAUCUUUUCGUUUCUCAUUUCCACAAUCCGGGGUCUGGCUACACCUAUCUUGAAGAGAAUGAUUGGCUGUCAGAUGGACAACUCUCGGCUUCCUCUGUUAUCCAUAAGUCGAAGCAAAAGCAAAUGAAACAGGCUAUGGUCAGCCGAGCAGCUCUGGAAUCACUUCGAGAAAGAAGUGCAUUAGUAAGCACGAGCGCCGAAGUUGUUCGAUACAUCCAGGACAUAGUUGUGUUCUUGCGGCUCAGCCGCGCUGUUGCGCGUGGCGUGUCCGCCAAAGCGAACAUCCAGUUCUCUCGAUUUACACAACUGCUAGCUCCUCUACAUGGUAUCGAUUACGUGACUCCCUCCAUCGUGGCCCUAGCCGCUAGAAAGGUCUUUCGCCAUCGCAUCUGUGUUACUGCUCCUGGCGAGGACCGCAGUUUACAGUAUGGGAGCAACCUGCAUGCGGUGUCUCAAGUUCUUGCUGACGUGACACCGGAUUCAAUUCUGGAUGGUGUUUUGGCACUUGAGCCGCCGUUAUGA